GAUCGUUCACCGCGAUCGUGGUGUUUCCUAAAAGUUUAUUUUUUAUAAAUCGUCUUUUAUAUCCAACCAAAAUAUGCCUUUUUGCUGACUUAAUUGCCCAUUGUUUUACGCUGUUGCGCUGACAAUGAAUGUAGAUAAAAGGCUAUGUCUCGAGUCACUGUUUAUAUUUCUACGAACGACUUCGUGUCGUUGUUGUAGUGCCAAGUCGAGUGCGAAAGGUAAACAUGCGAAAAGCAAAAGAUUUAGCGAUACAAUCAAGCUUCCAAAGACAGAUUUUCCAUUGUCUGUAAGAGGAAAUGCCGCCAGCACUCGUGAGAAGGAAUUGCAAAAGGUGUGUGGAUUUGACAGCCUUUACAGUUGGCAGCAAGCUCAGAAGAGGAAGAAGACAUUUGUUCUUCAUGAUGGACCCCCUUAUGCCAAUGGAAAGCCACAUGUCGGCCAUGCUCUUAAUAAGAUCCUGAAGGAUGUGACAAACCGGUAUAAAGUACUGCGUGGAUAUAAAGUACAUUAUGUAGCUGGCUGGGACUGUCAUGGGCUACCUAUAGAGCUGAAAGUGUUGACAGAAGCUGAUGAUUUCCGAACUAUGGACCCCUUAAAAACCAGAGCCAAAGCAAGAGCAUUUGCGAAAGCAACCAUAGCAGACCAAAAGAAGGCGUUUCAACGUUGGGGAGUGAUGGCAGACUGGAAUAACUGUUACCUGACAUUAGACAACACUUACCAGGCUGACCAACUGUCUGUGUUCUACCAGAUGUAUAAACAGGAUCUGGUUUACAGAGACAAAAUGCCUGUAUAUUGGUCAGCAUCUUCCAGAACUGCCUUGGCUGAAUCAGAACUGGAGUAUCGGACAGAUCAUGUCAGCACUUCUGUGUAUGUCAGGCUCCCCCUAACACAUCUACCUGCUGCACUUGAAUCACUUACCGGCUCUGGUCAUAAUGUUUACAUUGUUAUAUGGACUACCACGGGAUGGACAUUACCUGCUAACAAAGCUGUUUGUUAUGGACCUGGACUAAGGUACACAGUUGUGAAAAGUGACCAAGCGAUGUAUGUGUGUGGAGAAGAAUUCCUGGAGAAGUUCAGAUCUGUGGUAGGACAAGAUGUCAAGGUCCUUGGUACGAUACAAGGUUCAGACUUAGAAGGAGCAAGAUAUAAAAUGCCCCUGUUACAAGAAGACUGUCCAGUCCUGCCUGCUGAUCAUGUGACUUCUGAAAAAGGAACAGGAUUGGUUCACACAGCCCCUGCACAUGGACAUGAUGAUUUUAAAGUGGCCAAGAAACAUGGAUUAGAAUAUGUAUGUAUUGUGGAUGAUGAUGGUUGCUACACUCAGGAUGCUGGUCCCUCACUGGCUGGUCUGAAUGUGCUGGAUAAUGGAGGACCACAGGUAUUAUCGGAGCUAGGGGAGGAUGUCAUGAAAGUAGAGGAUUACAGCCACAGCUAUCCCUAUGACUGGAGGACCAAGAAACCUGUCAUCAUACGCACCAGUAAACAGUGGUUUGUCAAUACACAAUCCCUACAGCAGAGAGCACUGGAAUGUCUGGAGGGUGUAAAGAUUCACCCAAAGAUGUCUGAGCGUGGGAUGAAGAGUCAGAUAGCAGCUCGCACCUACUGGUGUAUCUCACGACAGCGAGCUUGGGGUGUGCCCAUACCAGUGUUCUACCACAACGACACAGAUGAUGUUAUCAUCAAUGAGGCGUCCAUGGCUCAUGUUUCUAGUUUGAUGAAGGAACACGGGUCAGACUGCUGGUGGUCACUCUCCCAUGAUCAGCUCAUGCCUCCACAUGUAGCUCAGCAGUCAGGCCUGAAUUCUCCAUCAGACUGUGUCAGGGGUAAGGAUAUAUUGGACAUCUGGUUUGACAGUGGCUCCUCCUGGUACUCUGUUCUCAAAGAUGUUGGAGGAGUGGCUGACCUCUAUGUGGAAGGGAUAGAUCAGUUUGGGGGCUGGUUUCUCUCAUCCCUUCUCACCAGUGUGGCCUUGCAGGGGAAGUCACCAUACAGGGGCUUGCUGGUACAUGGGUUUGCCUUGGAUGAGCAGGGUAAGAAGAUGUCCAAAUCAGCAGGGAAUGUCAUAGAUCCAAACAUAGUCAUCAAUGGGGGAAAGAACCUGAGUGAGUGUCCAGCGUAUGGGGCAGAUGUCCUGAGGUGGUGGGUGGCAGCCUCACACCUUCAGUCCAACGCCACCAUCGGGCCUAACAUCCUCUCCCAGUUCUACGAGACUGUCUUCAAGAUAAGGAAGACUAUGCGGUUUCUGCUGGGUAACUUGUCACAUUUUAGUGUUGACCAUGACAUGAUGCCUUACUCUGAGCUCUUACCCCAGGACAGGUAUAUGUUACACCUGCUCUACAUCUUUCAUCAACAGUGUGUGACAUGCUAUGAUGACUUAAACUAUGUCAGAGUGACCCAGACUGUGGAGAAAUUUGUCAAUGCUCAGCUAUCUAACUUCUAUUGCCACAUAACCAAAGACAGGUGUUACUGUGGAAGUAUCAACGAUAAUCAUCGUCUGUCUAGCCUUACAGUCCAGUAUUACGCACUACAGAUAGUCUCCCGAGUGAUAGCACCAAUCUUACCUCACUUGUCAGAAGAGCUCUAUCAGUAUUUCCCAGGUCUCCACAACUCUUUUCCAGGUAAGAAACUUACCCCUCAGAAGUUAGGGGAUGUGAGGAGUAUAUUCAGAGAGGACUGGGUGGAGCCCCACCCUGAGUGGGCUGACCCGGGUCUCCAGAGAGCGAUAGAGGCAGUGUUGUCUGUUAAGGAAGCAGUCUAUAGCGUCAUGGGGACGGAAACCUCCACAGAGUUUGAUGUCAUCCUCCACUCUAGUGGGGCACUCUUAGAUGUCUUCAAGAAAUUGCAGUCUCAGCAGACGUCGUCCACCUCACCCUUGUGUGAACUACUACAAACCUCGCAGACCUCUGUGAUUGCCCAGGCGCCGCCUGCUGUUACCGACGAUUAUGAGCUGGUAGAGGGACACUGCCAGUUAACAGAUGAUACUGAGCCUAUUCACUACACAGCUUUGGUAUUCCCUGCAGAGAUGGAUCUGUGUGAACGAUGUAGACGUUACACAGCCCAGCAUAAAGAACAGCUGUGUAACCGAUGUGUGCAAGUUAUCAACAAAGCAGGGUUGUGAUAUGGGAGAGGUAUAAUCAUGCAGCACAGAUGUGUAUACAUUUUCUACAGCACAGAGCUACAGGUGUAAAUCAACAUUGUACAGCCCGGCUUCAGCAAUAAUUGUGUGUAACUGAUGUGUGCAAGAUGUCGACAAAGCAGGGUUGUGAUAGAUGAAACAGGUUUAAACACUUUGCAGUAGAGAUAAUGUGUGUAAAUGUUCUACAGCACAGAAAAGGUGUAGACAUUAUGCAGUAGAGAUGUGUGUAAAUGUUCUACAGCACAGAAAAGGUGUAGACAUUAUGCAGUAGAGAUGUGUGUAAAUGUUCUACAGCACAGAAAGUGUGUAGACAUUAUGCAGUAGAGAUGUGUGUAAAUGUUCCACAGCACAGAAAAGGUGUAAACAUUAUGCAGUAGAGAUGUGUGUAAAUGUUCUACAGCACAGAAAAGGUGUAGACAUUAUGCAGUAGAGAUGUGUGUAAAUGUUCUACAGCACAGAAAAGGUGUAGACAUUAUGCAGUAGAGAUGUGUAUAAAUGUUCCACAGCACAGAAAAGGUGUAAACAUUAUGCAGUAGAGAUGUGUGUAAAUGUUCUACAGCACAGAAAAGGUGUAAACAUUAUGCAGUAGAGAUGUGUGUAAAUGUUCUACAGCACAGAAAUGGUGUAGACAUUAUGCAGUAGAGAUAUGUAAAUGUUCCACAGCACAGAAAAGGUGUAGACGUUCUACUGUAAAUGUUCUACAGCACAGAAAAGGUGUAGACACUAUGCAGCCCUUCAUAAGGAAUAAGUGUGUGAUCAGAGUGUGGCAGUUAUCACCAAGGUAGGGUUUUAGGAGAGAGGUGUAAACAGAUGUGCAGAUGUGAUCAAGUCAUCAAAAGAGUGUAUAAUAAGUGUCAUCAAGUAUCUGCAAGCCAUUAACGCAGUAGAAACAUUGUGAUAGGGAAUGUGAAGAAGUGUAAGCAUUACACAAUCUGGCAUAAGGCCAUCAACAAAGUAAGAUUGUUGUCCAGAGA